AUGCAGUUACUAUCUCUCACCGUCGCCGCGCUGGCUUUUCUCCCCACACCAGCAACCGCCUGGCACCUCCAAGUCCACAACCAGAUCGCCUUCGUGGCCGAAAAGCUCCUCCAGCCCAGGACCCUCAAUAUCACAGGCGCCCUCCUCGAUCCUAAAUGGAAUCACUCCAUUGGCCGUGCGGCCGGAUGGGCUGACACAGUUCGUAAAGACUACGCACCCUACAGCUACAACUGGCACUUCGUCGGCAUGAACGAAACACUUCCCAACCUCUGCCCUUUGACCUGGGAUGGCAUCUGCGCCGGCGGCGACUGUGUUGUCGCUCAGAUCACGAAUCAGACGAGAAUCCUGCGCGGCUGUAUUCAGAAGGUCAAGGACCACGAAUACGACUUUUCUCAUCCGGAUUUGAACUGCCAGCAGGCGUUGAUGUGGGUCGUUCACUUGAUUGGUGACGUGGCACAGCCGUUGCAUACGUCUAGUACGAAGACUGGUGGGAAUGGGGAGAAAGUGUUGUUCAACAAUACCGCUAGUAACCUUCACGACGUCUGGGAUAGGUGGAUCCUCUACGCUGGAACCUCGAAGUGGGAGGGUUUCGAUGACCAGCAGCUCGAUCCGUACUUUGGUGGUCUCUUAGAUCGCAUCGGGAAGGACAUGUUCAAAGUACCGAGGAAGGACUGGUCGGCGUGUGGCUUUGAUGUCGAUCAAGGUGCGCAAUGUCCGAAAGCGUGGGCGGAAGACUCGCAUUGGCUUGUCUGCAAGGCUGUCUACACGAGCACAUUCACCAAUGCGACCGAUCUGUUCAAGACUGGGUAUGCUGAGAAGAUGUUCCCCAUCGUCGAGCUGCAGCUGGCGAAGGCCUCUUGGAGAUUAGCCGGGUGGCUCAAUGCUCUGGUCGAGAGCGUGUACAGCGGACAGGAGUCUGAAUAUGUCACUCAGUACAAGCAAGCACUUUGA